CUUGUGUGAACUGCAGUUUUGUAAAGGCAGGCACAUAAUGUGCACGCGCGGUGGGCCAGUCAUGUCUCAAACCAUUACAAUUUACAAAUCCAGUGAUGUUCUGCACCUCUUAAUUCAUUCUUCUCACUACUGAAACACCUUCAAUAUCACAUUUAAGUUGAGAAAAAGAGAGAAGGGAACGCAUAACAUAUCAUGUGAGCUGAACUAUUAAAGCUGCUUGCCUGCGCAUCAGAUCUCUGUAAAUAUUGACCGCAUUUAUGUUCUUUUCUAGAAUCUCUUCUGUUACUACUAAAAAGAUCAUAUUAGUCAGAUGUGGUUCUUAAAUAAUGGUAAACAGGGAUGUCCAAUUGGAUUAAUCAUAAUUACAGAUUAAUCUAAGUAUUUUUUCCACCAAAAGUGUGUUACAAAAAAGGUAUAAGAUCCUGUGGGAAUAAUAAUAACUCCUUUUUAACCCACUAGUAAUGUGAUCUAACUUGAACUGUUCUGUUCUUUUCGUUAUUACUCAGAACUUCACCUGAACCUUAAAGGUUGAGUGCAAAAACCAUUCUUCAUAUCUCUCUCCUCGAGCGAAUGGUAAGUCCCAAACCAUCUCUUACAAUGCUUUUCCUAUAUUUGAGCUUUGUCUUCCUUCUGCCAUGUACUGCUAGAGGCUUUGGACAUCUUCCUGCAGUGAAUACAGGAAGUUGGAAUGUCACGUCGAUUUAUCAGCUCGGAGACUCUUUAUCUGACACCGGUAACUUAAUCAUCGAAAGUCCUAAUGGAGUUGCCUCGGCCUUUUCUCGGCUUCCUUAUGGUGAAUCCUUCUUUAAACACCCCACUGGUAGAUGCUCAAACGGGCUACUAAUGAUCGAUUUCUUGGCAAAGGCGUUUGGUGUUCCAAACCUGAAUCCAUACUUGAACAAAGAUGCAGUUUUCACACAUGGAGUGAAUUUCGCGUUUUCUGGUGCCACGGCAUUGCCAUCAGAGUCUCUUGAAGAAAAAAACAUAGUAAAUCCUGUCACAAAUAGCUCUCUCAGUGUACAGCUUGAUUGGAUGUGGUCACACUUCAACUCCAUUUGCUAUAAUGACCAAGAUUGUGCAGAAAAGCUCAAGAAUUCCCUAUUUAUAGUUGGGGAAAUAGGAAGCAAUGAUUAUUACUAUGCAUUUUCGCAAGGGAAAACAAUGAAGGAUGCCAACAGCAUGGUUUUUGAUGUUGUCCAAGCGAUUAUUGAAGGCAUCAGAAGGGUGAUCCAAAUUGGUGCCACCAAGAUAAUAGUCCCGGGAACCUUCCCUUUAGGCCAUUUCCCCGCGUAUAUCACAGCAUACCAACCCAAGAACUCUGCAAUCUACAGCAAACAACGUUUGUUAAACGACUUGUCACUCUAUCACAACAAUGAACUAAAGAAGAGACUUCAAUUACUAAAGCAAGAUUAUAAGAAUAUUACCAUUAUAUAUGGUGAUUAUUACAAUGGUUUUACACGGCUUCUGAAGAAUGCUCCUCGUUUUGGUUUCAAUGGCACAUCUGAUCUACGAAGAGCUUGUUGUGGAGUUGGUGGGGAACUUAGCUUUUAUCCGACUAGAAUGUGUGGAGCUCGUGGAGUUCCCGUUUGUGCUAACCCUGACGGCUAUGUUGUCUGGGAUGGAUUUAACUUGACUCAAAAAGCAUACAGGAUCUUAGCCAGAUGGCUCUUUCGAAGUACAGUCUCUCGCUUAUUUAAGUCAUCCUGACUAAUUACUUACAUAAUAAGCCUUAAUCAUUUAUAGUUAUCCGUUAAAUUGAGUUAUCAGUAUAUACAUUGAGGUUGUACAACCCCUGAAUUUUACCAGUUAACUAGGUUAGUACAGUCAAUCUCUUCUUGUUCAUAGUUGUCAAAAUUAAAAGUCCUAUUAUGGUCUGCCUGUUACUCUGUUAGUCCCUGAGCUUUCCAAAUCCACACGACAUUGCGCCUUAUUAGUUCUCAGUUCCUGUUGUAAC